AUGACAUUGACUACGACAUCAUCAUCGACCACCAGUAGUUCACAACGAAGUAUGCCAUCAAGUCCAAACAGACAUCACCCCUAUAGUCAACAACAACAUAGUAAUAGUAGCAAUAACAAACACAAUGGCAACGGCAGUGGCAAUGGCAAUGGCAAUGGCAGUGGCAAUGGAAAGCAUGGCAACAACAAGAAGGCCAAUGGCAAGUCAAGCCUCAAAUCAUCACUUCACACCAACUCAUUCAUUGAGUCAUUAAACAGUUCAUCAUCAUCAACAUUGGACAAUGUCAACGACAACAACAACAAUACUAAUAUUGGAAAAAGAGAUUACCGAAGGGAGGAUCAUGAGUUACCGGAUUGGUCAUCAACAUUGGACAAGCUAUGGCCAACCGCAGUGUCAACGGUCAGGAGAUCACAACAGAAGUCAUCAUCACAUGACCUGACGCAUCGAACCGAGUCUGAUUCACCAAUGGACACAUUGCUCGAUGCAGUGUCCACAACUACGACAACAACAUCAACCAUUGCAUCGUCAUCAUCAUCUUCUGGAGCAUCAUCAAAGAAUGGCACAAUCAUUCCUGGAAUGGAGGAAUUGGAUACAAUGCUACUGCCUGCACUCAAUGGAGGAGGAGGAAAGUCCUCAGUGGGCGGCUCACAGUUUGAGAGACUACCGCCAUUCUACAGUCACUCCUCCAAGCCAAUACCUAUACAUUCAAUCCCUCUGUUGCAUUCGCCAAUGUCUCCUCAAUCACCUCCAUCAACACUCUUUACAAGUGGCAGUGUAUCACCAUCAAGAUCGUCGGCGUCGUCUUGCUCAUCCACUCCGACCUCGUCAUCACCAUCACUGCACACACUCAAGGAUACACCCCCUUCACUCCCCAGACUGUCCACGUCUUCCUCGGCCAGUGGCGCCACCUCGCCCCACUCCACAUCGUCGUUCAAGCCAUCAAUGCCAUCCGUUGGCACGUCCUCUUUGCCAUUGUACAUAAGACCUAGCACAGGCGUAAAGCCAACCCUGCAAAUCCAGACACCAUCCAAGCCCAUUGAGAAGCCCAAAGCCACGACAAGUUCGUCGACCACCUCAAGUCCAUCAGUGACUGCGACAGCAUCAGCAGCAGCGGCAACUGGAAGCAGUAGUAGUGGUAUUAGUGAUGGAGUACAUGGAAACAGCAAGAAGUCAUCCCAGUAUCACUGUACAAUCUCAUCGGAUGGAUAUCAAUGGCGAAAGUAUGGUCAGAAGAAUGUGAAGGGCACGUCAUUCCCCAGGAGCUACUACAAGUGUACAUAUCCUGGAUGCAAGGUCAAGAAGCAAUUGGAGAAGCGAGCUGAUAGUGACGAGUUCCACAUCCAAUACAAAGGAGAGCACACUCAUGGCUCACCUCUUACCACAAGAGUCAAUGUCAACGAUCAGGACUCAUUCAAGAACUCUGUCAUAUCUGAAGGUGUUGUCACAUCAACAUCGACAACCUCGACGACAACGACAAAGACCACUACUAGUACGACAUCAACUUCUUCAUCUACCAAUGAUAUAAUCAUCAAGCAGGAAGUACAGCCACAUUCAAAGGGCACAGACAACACGACUGUACAGAACAACAACAAUAGCAACAACAGCAAUCAAUCACAACAACAAACAAUGCACCCAUCACCUUCGACAAAAUCACAUCCGAAGCUGGUCAUCGAGACAUCAUCGUUGGUCGACUAUAUGGACGACGGAUUCACCUGGAGGAAGUACGGCCAGAAGGCAGUCAAGGGCAGUCCUUUCCCCAAGAGCUAUUUCAAAUGUUCCGAACGAGGCUGCAAUGUCAAGCGACAAGUGGUGCAGCAAGGCGACACUAAGUUUAUCAACACCUACAGCGGGCGACAUACACAUGAUCCCCCUCCUCCUGCUCCCAUCAAGGGUGAGGGCGAGCACAAGAAGCGCAGGAGAAAGGAGAAGGUAGACCUUCCUGUCGAGCAUGUCCAGGACCAAGAUAAGCCAAUGAUCGAGAGUACAUGCGAUGCCUAUCCCAAUGAUCAUGGCGAUGCUUCUCCAGAGGUAAUUGAUGAUAACCAAGCUUGUCACAUCGAUAAUGACAACAGCCAAUAA